AUGGCUUCUGUUAGCGGUGGUUAUACUUGCUGUGUUCCAGGGUGUUUUAAUAAUAAUAAGCGUGAUAAACAUUUGUCUUUCUACAAGUUUCCGAAAGAUAAAAAACUAAGGAAGCUGUGGUUAAACAAUAUUUCAAGGAAAAACUKUUCUCCCACGGCUGGGCACAAAGUAUGCAGCCAGCAUUUUCAAGGAGGCAAGAAGACUUAUCUUAACAAUAUCCCAGUUAUCUUUCCUUUAGCCAAGUCUCAUAAGAAACCAACGAAGCCACCAAGAAGGAAACUUAUCAGACAUGAAACUAGAACUGAUCAAGAAGAAGUGGAAUCAGAUAUUAAGGAGGUAGCACCCGAAGAAGUCGAAUUUAUUGAUACCGAAGAAUCAAAUACAGUACAACAAGAAAUCCGUGGUCUUACCAUACCAUUAAGCUACAGAAUGCCCUUCGUGCAAAUGAAAUCUUGA